GGAAGUCAGCCUUCACGCUGCUGGACCACGAGAUUGACGUGCAAACAUACCAGCGAAUCCGAGCGAAGAGGUACACGCCGGCUCUUUCUCGCACUCGCUCAGGACGUGCUGGCCCCAGCUCUCCUGGUCGUAUUUGGAGUAUUUGGCAUUGAUGCCUUUGAUCACGUUGCCUGGGAACAGAGAUGGGCCGGCUUCGUAGUGGCCUCCGGGAAGCGAGACGGGACAGAAGGUCGCCUUGUUCGAGCCCUUGGGCUCAGGGGCGGGCAUGGCGGUGGCCAUGCUGGCAAUAGCGAGUGCUGUGGCGAUGAGGAAAGCCUUCAUGUUGGGUGUGAGGAAUAGUGAUGGGACUGAGUGGGAGGUGUUAUGUCAAGUAGUUGCUGCGUGUGUAGACCAGAAGAUGGGGACAGAUGAAUAUAUACACAGUCGCAGCCACUCACUCGCUUGCAAACAAACACAUCUUCAGGCGAGAUAUUCUCAUCACGAAUACGAGCCGUUGCUACUAAUUCGCGACCAUACGACCGGAGGCGCAGCGGUGGUGGUGUUGUUGACUCUCGGCUGGCACAAGGCUGGCGUGAUGUGGAGCCGGCUGGCUUGCGUACCCCGGAACCACAGAUACGGUCGAGUAGAACGUUACAUUCGUGGACAGAAGGCAAUGCAAUUUGCAACCUAAGGCAUUCCGAAUGUGAGGAAUUUAAUAAGGGAACGAUCGAAUGUGUAG